AUGUCGAUCGGGGUGAAUUUGCGUGUGACGGGCCACACGUCAAUCGGUGGCCGCAAGUACCAGGAGGACUGCUUUUCCGUCGCCUACCAGCAAACGGAGAAUGACCAAAAUCUGGAGUACGCGUACUUUGGCAUUUACGACGGGCAUGGCGGUGCGGAAGCGUCCCUCUUCGCCAAGGAGCAUCUGAUGAAUACGAUCGUGAGCCAGAAAUUGUUCUGGUCGGAGAAUGAUGACGAUGUGCUGAAAUCGAUACGCGAAGGCUACAUCCAGACACACUAUUCGAUGUGGCGCGAGCAAGAUAAGUGGCCCAAAACAUCGUCUGGAUUACCGAGCACGGCAGGAACGACGGCCAGCAUUGCGUUUAUAAGACGUGGAAAAAUUUACAUCGGUCACGUAGGCGAUUCGGGCAUUGUGCUGGGGUACCAGAAUGAUAAGGAAUCGGCACACGACGGUCGCUGGGUUGCAACACCACUUACCGAAGAUCAUAAGCCGGAAAGUUACGCCGAAAAGAUGCGUAUUAUGAGCUGCGGUGGUAAGGUUGUUACAAAGUCCGGGGUGCCUCGCGUGGUGUGGAAUAGGCCACGCAUUGGCCAUAAGGGCCCUGUACGACGCAGUACACCUAUAGACGAGAUACCGUUUCUGGCGGUAGCACGAAGUUUGGGAGAUUUGUGGAGUUACAAUUCGGCGAUGGAUGAGUUCGUUGUAAGUCCCGUACCAGACGUGUCGGUCAUAGAGAUCGAUCCAAAAAAGUACCGAUGUCUCAUAUUCGGUACCGAUGGUCUAUGGAACGUAAUGUCACCGAAAAACGCCGUCGACAUUGUACGAAAUGCGGAAAUGGAAAACAUUCGCAUAGCGCUGGAAGGGGGCAAUGAGUGGAAAAAUCCAAGCAAGCUGUUAGUAAACGAAGCGCUCGAACGGUGGAGUCGAAGCAAUAUGAAAGCCGACAAUACGUCCGUCGUUAUCAUCAUGCUUGAUCCCCCUGGACCGCCGAAGCGAGACGUGCUCAAGUCGGUUAAGGACAGCAUCCAGCACGUAGCAACUAGUGAUCCGCUAGCCACAGGCCAAGGUACAGUGGGAAGCAACAUUAUUCAUCUAUUCGACUGCAUUACAAGGGGCGAGUCAAUCCCGUCAAUGCCGCAGAUGGACAGUCUAAGGUACAGCAACAAUGCACACCAGCUGCAGCACAGCUAUCAGCAUCACACCACAGAGGAAUAUUGUGAUACCGACAGAAACCAGGAGGAUUCCGUUCAUCAACAAUCGGAACACUUACAACAAAUGGCACAUAUGCAAGCUGCUGCCAGUGAUCAGUACAUUAGUCCGGUCCUUCCAUCUACCUCGUACCAAGAUCAGGAUCUAUCCUCCUACACAGACAGCUUUGCCGAAUCGUACAACACGUUGCUAAACCGGAGCUUUGAAAAUACGGACCACUCUUACACGUCGCUUUUUCAUCCAGUUACUGGACACGCUGAUCUGGAUGCUGCCGAGGAUGCAACUGAAACUUACGGCAACAAAGCCACCAUGGUAGAAAGUGAUGGCACGCACGACGAAGACGAUGCAACGAUGUACGACUAUUCAACGCUUUCGGCGGACGAUGAUAAUACGAUCAUCCCGAAUCAGUCCCGCGAUUCCACGUACUCGCUAACUAAUUUGCAAACUAAAUCCGAACGAUUGCGAGCUGAAAUGUUGGAGUCUUGCAGUUCACCGGACACGUACUACCAUCAGCAGCAAUCUCGAGCGCAAGAGAGCACAGGGUACCAGCAUACGGAAAAUUUGGCCAUCAUCGAACACUUUCACAAUUAUCAUCAUCCUGCACCAUCGCACGAGUACGAAGAGCACGCGAGGACUUCCCAUUCCGAACCGAUUGAGCACGUGUCCUCCCAUCACAACUAUCACCAGUACCACCAGAUGGAUCAGGUUGAAGAGCACCAAUUUCAACAUCAUCAUCACCAUCAUCAUCAUCACCAGCAACACUAUCAAGAUUAUCAGAUGGAACGGUACGAUUAUAGACAUCAUCCUAGUGAAGCAACGUGCAGCAAAUAUUCACCAUCGCAGAAAGCUGAGCACGUAGAGGAUGACGAGGAGGAAGAAAUGGCAGAGGAAAGUGGUCCCAGCUCGGCUACUUCACCUCAACGUCAGAUCAUUUCCAUUCAUGGUCACCGAAUCCAGAUCAAUGAGGUCUCUUCCUCAUACGUUCCUCAUACAUCAAAGGCGCUUCUAACGCAUACGGACACGGAAAGUACGGCCAGUAGUAGCAGGAUGACCACCAUCACAGACAGUGGCGAUGAUGAAAACAGUGCCUCCUCAACGACCUCGUCGACCGUAAAGCAGCUCGUCGUACCGGUGCUGGUAAAGCAACGGUCACGCAAACCACCGGGAUCAUCGCCGUCGGCCCGCGUUAUAACGAUCUUCUACGAAACGCGUAGUUCCAGCCGUCGUCGUCAUUCAAGGGCGAAUCGUAACCAACGCGCCGAAUUGCAAACUUUCGGUGGUGCAAUUGUAAAGCGUCGGAAAACGGUAAUACGAGCCACCAACGCCACCAUCACGAGUGUCGAUAAAGGAUCGCUGAACGAUCAUUCUGAUCUUCAUCAUCCCACGACGGAAACGUUGGUAAUGCGUAGAGCAUUACGUUCGAAUGGUGUUGUGAACGGUGGAGCCAUACCAAUCCCUACCAGCACUGGAGGAAAAGCUGCCAAGCUGGUGUUGAAUGAGUUCGGUGUAAGCACGACCACACCGACUCGAUGUUUAGCAACGCUGCACGCCAAUCUUAAAGCUCCACCCGUAAUAAGUCGAAAUGGUUGCAGCACCAGACGACGCAUGAGGCUUGACGAGGAGGAAGCGGUGCAACGUCAAGAAGCAACAUUGCAACUGUUGCAAGCAGGAUCUACAAAGCGGGCGAAACAAUUGCGGCGUGCACAAUGA